AUGGGGGCUGGCCUUUCCCAAAAUGUCGGCCAGCGCCUCGUCUGUCGGGCCCUCGCUGGAUUCUUCGGAUCUGCACCACUUGUCUGUCCUACUUUUGGUCCGCUACCAGGUGGUUAUAUCAAUGAAACUCCCUCCAUUUCUUGGUGGUGGGUUGACUGGCUCACGGUCUGCGUAUAUGGAUUUUUAGUUCUCCUUGUCCUGUUCCUACCAGAAACCUACAACCCGACCCGUCUCAGUUGGAAGGCAAAGCAGCUGUGGCGCCUUACAGGAGAUGACCGUUACCGAGCCCCGAUGGAAUUCAACCGGAUUUACUUCCCCGAAGAAUCGCUUUGGCCCUUGCUCGUCGAACAAGUAUACCACAUGGACCAGGGAAAGACCGGGAUCUGUUUUCUAGGAAUCGUGGUAGGGAUAUCUACCGCGCCCGAGACCGAGUCAAAUCUCUACAUGGCCAUGUUCGGAGCACCGGCCCUACCAAGUAGCCUUUUCUGGACGGGCUGGACAGCGUACCCGUACAUUUCGAUGUGGUCUCCGAUUAUGUAUUCGGUGGUCUUGGGGUUCGGCAUUGUCCGUGUUUUCGUUUCCGCGUACCAGUACGUCGCGGCCGCUUAUGAAUAUCACGAUGGAAGUGCCCUGGCGUCUCCUCAGAUGCUUCGUCUUUCGGCGGCCGGGAUAAUGUCUGUUGUUGCGGAUAUCAUGUAUCAUAGGCUCGGCCCACACUGGACACUGACUUUUAUUGGGGGUAUUGCGACUGUCUUUCUGCCUGUUCCAUAUUUGCUUUAUAUUUAG